AUGACAGAGAUCCUGUCGAGUCAACGAAGAGGCCGACUGGAAGGGGCCGUGGACGGACGUUGUCCCUGGGACGACCCAACGGUUCAACCGAACGACUCGAAGCGAAGCAACGAGGCCUUCAAAGCCGUGGUGAAUGGCGAGGCGAUGUACGGCGUGGUGCCCAUCGAAAACUCCGCCUCAGGCAGGCGCGGCGUGAGCCGCCUCUUCCUCUCUCCUGACGGUGACGGUGCGGUGAUGACCAACUGGGAGACCUCGGAAAAGACCGGGGAGUGCGUCUCCGGCUUGGCUGGCACGAUCCGAGGGAUUUCAGGACCCGCGGAGUAUUAUUGCACUUUGCACUCCACUUACGACCUCUUGCUACAGCAUGACGUGGUCAUUGCUGGGGAACUGGGCGUCCGUGAGGUGUACUGCCUUUGUGGCCGACCGGAUGUCACGUUGGCGGAUGUGAGAUAUGUCUUGAGCCAUCCCAACAUCUUGAGUGCUUGCUCCGCCUUCCUGGAAACACGCCUGCCUGCUGGCAGUCCACGCGCCUUGGCGCCGUUGGAGAUGAUCAGCACCAUCUCCACCACCGAGGCCGCCCGGAAGGUGAGCCAGGGCGGCUUCGCUUUGGGAGCGGCUUGUGCCAUUGCCACCAAAGAAGCGGCCACCAAGCAUGAGCUCUCCGUCCUCGCAGAGGACAUUGGCAACGACGCCUUUCUGGAAACUCGCUAUAUUUUAUUUCAUCUCCGGAACGGUGAAGCUUCCAAACUUCCGCCACCGUUUCCACGGGAUGUGCUGAGCCCUUUGCGGAAGCGAUCCGCAUGCUUCGCACUCAGUAAUGAACCCGGAGCCAUCUUCAAAUUGUUGGCCUGUUGGGCGCUGAGAAGCAUCGACGUUUUGAAGGUAGAGACGCGGCCGCUGGCCUUGGGUUUACGGGCUCCGCCCAACUUGACCAAAGCGAGACUCUGGGACUAUCUGUUCUAUGUGGACUACGCCAUGCCGGCAGAUGGUGAGAACAGCGAGGCGCGGCUGUGGGACGCUCUGGCGGAGUUCUCCCUCUGGCAUCGGGACUUUGGAGCGUACUCCUCCCAAGUGACACGAGCUGAGAAGACGCCACAAGUCUUGGAAGCAGAAGCGACCCUGCCAGACUUGGAGGAGCAGGAGAUGAUCUGCUUGCAACGUCUUCAGAACUCCCGAAUCGUCACGCAGUCCGUCUUGGAGGCGGGACGUCGGUGA